AAGCACCCGCUUUCCCGCCUACCAGCUCACCCACACCUAUUCCACUCCCACAUGCAUCAUACUGCCCGCGCAAACUUGUCUUGAAACAGCGGACGAGGCCCCACUUGUUUGCCAGUUCACAAAAAUUUCCUCGUGGCUUUUCUUGGCUGGGACUCGAUCCUGUUCAAACACCACACACUCCUCGACCUGUCUUACCCUCACCUUGAGAGUUUGCCCUCACCAGCUGCAAAAUUUUGGUGUGAGAAUCAUCCUUACACACGCUCGUCUCAGCUAUGAAGAGCGGCCCGACCCGCAGCGCACAUGCGCGUGACGACACAGAGUUCCGCUACGACCUUAGUCACGCCAUAUAUGGCAGUUUCCCAUCAUGCGCAUCACACACCACGCCGCCUCAGCGAUCGCGUGCUCCGUCCCCACAUUUCGCUUCAAAAGCAUCCAGCGAGCCGACAUCCAGCACACUUGUCGAUUCCACUCUCAGCGCACAGAACGAAAUUCAAAGUCCCAACGACGACAACGGCGACAUCGAUAACGAUAUCACCAACAAUAGCGUGAUACAGCCCUGGCUUUCCCACCGACCCAAUCCACCCAGCCAUGCAGACAACAUGGACAACAUGCACCAAAGCGUUUGUCUGAACCUCACCCCGCCCUGCGAAACCACCACAUCUGAGUCGGAGUUGUGGAUCCUACCCGAACUUGACGACUGCAAUGCCAAUCCAUCAGCGUCGUCGACUUCUUCUUCAUCUACCUCUUCUUCGUCGUCGUCCUCCUCGGCCACGACAUCACCCCGACCGUCGACCCCCUUAGUAGUUAGUGGAGAAAAACAAAUUUCCCUCUUCCUCUCGCACGCCACAAAAGCCAAAUCCCAUUUCGAGCAGCUGCGUACAAGACUGAUCCAAGGUGACUACGACGGCUGGGAUUUGUUCGUCGCGAGAUGUAGUCCAGAGAGCAAGGACAGACCAAGGAACAAACACUAUCACGGUGAGGAGCGGGUGGACGAGGAGUUUGACCUUGUCGUCUUGUCGGCUGUCAGGGCGAGUUGUUGAUUCUUGGUGUUUUAUCUUCUUUGUAAUGACGAGACACGGCCUUUUUUCUUCUUUUGUCAUUCAGUCUUUCUUUCUAAUGAUAAUGACGAUACUCAUGAUUGGUUUUGGCGCACAGUAUUGCAAACUGGUAAUGAACGAUACCCCGCUUCUCUCUUUUGUUUCACUCUUUUUUUCUUUUAUUCUGGUGGAACCAGUACAUGCAACAGUAUAGUAGAAUGGGCUAAGAAGAAAAGGUUUCUUAUAUCCUCAAAACACUCUCAAUUGCGUCUGUCCUUGCAAACAUUAAUUCACUGUCUUUGUUCUGAUGUUUGAUUUGUUAGAUGUAUAAAUAUAUAUUUGGCCGUGUACCCCACCACACCCUCAGGA